UAGGUCUAAUCAUGUCAAUGGCGAAUCUGUCUUCAGACAGAUGAAUAUUUUAACUUUAUAGCGAUUCCCUGAACAGGAAAAUUGUUCCACACAUCACAAUGGUGUGUAAGGAAUUAGAUGAACUCUGUGCCAAAUUCGGAAGCCUUAGUCCCCACCUACGAAUAGACUACAUUUAUGGAAUGUUGCGAAUGUGUCUGCCUCCGGAGUUGAGGUUUAUAGGUUCUGUUGUCGAGGAUCUGGCCAAAAAGGAUUUUAAUCACCUCAGGGAACAUGAAAAUAAAGCAAACAAUCAGACCGAAUUGAAGAAAUAUAGAAAUGUUGACGAAAAAACGUUAAUCGAAGGGAUGGCAUUUAAUCUAUCGCUUUUACAUUCAGUGAACACUCCAUGUGCAAACAUUAUUUUUAGCUUAUUGGAGGAAAAUUCUAAAAGUGCAUUUCACAUUUCUAAUUCAACAGACAAGAAAACUAUUGAUAUUAUUUUAUUGGUGCUAACAAUGGCAAAGUAUCACCCAGCUUUUACUUUUCACCAAAGAACUGUUUUUACAGAGUAUUACAAGAAAGUAGAACAACAGUUGCACAACAUCUAUGCUAAGACAAAUGACAAUGAUCGUCAUUCACCAAACCCGACAGCCACUCAGUGCUAUACAUGUUCUGUUGCCAGCAAAGUACAUAGUCCACCUAAUCAUCAUAAAGCUUAUAUUACAAGCAUAGACAUGAUAGAUUUACUAAAACAAGAGAAGAUACACAGGAGACACGACAGAAAACAUGAAUAUCGGAUACAGGUUUCUUGGUCUAAUAAUGAAAAAACAGAAGUCAACAAAACAUAUCAAGAAUUACGAGAAUUUCAUCAAAAGAUGCAUCAGCAGUUUCCUGAUGAGGAGAACAUUAAACAUGAUGGGGUCUCAUUUUACUUAGGAAGUCCACAGAAAGAUGAUGGCCAUGAUAAAGGACAUCAGCAAGUAACUUCAUUUGUAAGUUACUUAUCCAACUUACCAAAACAUGUCAGGGAAUCAGACCAUUUCAUACAGUUCUUCAAGGGAAACAACUUUCAAAAUAACCCACCACUACCUGAACAAUCAGCGUUACCUGACAUUCCACCUGCUAGUGAUGGUAAUACAGAAGAUGUGGAAUCAAUGUUUACUACACCUUACACACCAACGCAGUCUUUCACUGUAUACAACUCUAAUUUUCCUCAAGGAGAGUCAGUUGGUUGUAUACCAUCACCUAUGACAGUUCAACAUGUACCUUUUUAUGGACAUAUAUUUAGGCAUCCAUAUCAAUCUCCAGCAUCCUCUGGUCAUGCUUCACCAAACAACAGUCGUUCAGCCUCUCCUGGAGAUACUGGUAUUGAUCAGAUUACAGCCCUGGUCAAUAAACUUCAACUACAGAGAUAUAGAAGUGGUCUAGACAAGUUCACUAUAGAACAGUUGACUGCUCUACCAAUAGAUAUGAUGGUUAAGGAAUGUGGUAUGAGCUUGGAGGAUGCUAAUAGGAUCUCUGCUGAGUUGGAAGAAAGGUCAAGAGAAAAACCACCAACUAGAUUACCAAAUGGAAUUAUGGAACCUUGUAUUCCUGGACCAAUGUCUCAUUACCAAGCAUUGUACAUGCCCCCACCUCAGCCUAUGUAUCCCAUGAUGCCUUACCAGAUUCCAAGCAAUGUAAUAGCUGCCAGAGAUACCUCGUCAUCAGAGAACUCUAGUCCCUCGCGUAGUCCUGUACCUCAGAAGAAACCUCCACAAAAAGGUGCUGAUAGCUCAUCAGAUGAUAGUGAGAAAGGAAGUAGAGUUGAUUCUCCAUUUCUGGAUGCUAAGAAGGAAGUUCAUAAUCCUAGUCAGAACACAGAGGAAGUAAAUAGUGAAACUCCUCUACAAGCUGAUCACCAUGCCUUUGAGAAUGUACAUGGGCACAGCAGUAGUGGCAGUGGAUACCAGUCAGAUCCAACUCCAACACAAGGGCCUUUCAUGCGAGUGAUUUUUCCCAACAACUCUUACAAAGCUCAGCCUACUCAUAGUAAUCUGAAUUUUCCAAAUAAGACAUUAAUCAGUAUGCCAGAUACUGUUGGUGGACGUCGUAUAGGAUAUGCCUAUCCGUACCAACGAUGUGAUAACCAGACCUUGACUACAACUGUAGCUUCAAACAGUAGUAGCAAUGGUCCAGAAAUGACACGUAGGCCAGUAAUACCUGGUCAGAUUCCAAUUAUUAGAUCUCCAACAGUCAGUGGAAAUGGCCGCAACUUCAUGUGUUCUGUUACCGCAUCAGCGACUCCUGUAAUGGCAGCGAAUCUUCAAAACAGUUUAAAUGGCAAUAUUCGACAUAUUGGUCUGGCCCCAUCAGUAUCAGAUCCAGGUCUUUCACCUAAUCAAGAUUCACAAAACGGUUCUGGAAAUCAGAGUCCAUUGCCAAAUGGUAACCCUGUUACUUGUUCCGGACCUAAUGGACACAUUAGUCAUGCACAGUGUACUUCCUGUGGCUGUACCGGAAGCCAUCAAGUUCCAUCAUAUCAAGUCCACUUACCAAAUCAUCACUACCUACAGAAUCAAAUGAUGUUUCCACCUUUUAUGAAUGCAAAUCCAAACGGAAUCGUUCAUCACCCAUAUUAUCAUCAUCCACAUUUCCAAUAUCCAAUAUCAAAUGGAAUACCUCCGAGUUACCUUCAAGCAAUCAAUCCUCAUCCAUAUCCGAAUGUAGCCGGGGCUCAGUAUAGCUGUUUUCCUCCAGUUGUGUUACAACGUCGGAACAGUGCAGGAUACAAUGCUGGAAAGCCACAAAGAACCACUUCUGCAACUUGUUCCAACUGUGGGUCAACUGAUCAUAUAUCCUCCGAGUGUAAAGAAAGCUCCAUGGAAUCCAUGUCGGCUUCUUUUCAUUUAAAAUAUGAUCCUAAAUCAAAUUCGGAUUGACUAGCAAAGGAGAAAAACAACUACAGAUCACCCAAGGCUAACUUUUUCCCUCAAAGAAGAAAACAUUUUAUGUAUUUACCAAGAACAUUUUCUCUGAGAAAGUGAAUGUGGAGAGUGGUUUUAUACCAGACUUUCUGGGAUCUCUGUGAUAUCCCAUUCUCCAUAUUUUAAUCGUGUGAUUUGGUUAUGUAACUGUUUUAAAUUGUGAUUAUUCUUACAAAUCAGUGCGAUUUAUGACAUUUUGUUUAAUCAUGUUUUGAGAGUGUAUUGAUGUAUUUUUUGAAUGAAUCAGUUUUUACUAGUGUUUGAAUCUUUGUUUGAUCAUGAUUUUUAAUGAUUUAUGCCUGUGUAAAUGAUAAUAAUAUUGUGAUGUGUAAAUUAUGUUGUGUGAAUAUUUCUGCAGCUGAAUGAUUUAAGAAGUUUGAUUGGUCUAGAAAAGUAAUUGUCUUUUUCAAGUGACAUUAAUGAAUGUUGUAAAGCAGAAAAUGUUUAUAUCUGAUAAAACGUGAAAAGGGAUUUUAUUUAAUAAAAGGGGCAAAUGAUUUCAGAACCCAGAAAAAAUAUAAAAUCAAAAGACCUUGUUCUUAUAACAUGUUUAAUAUGUUGAAAGUGGAAUAAAAUUGAUAAAAAAGCAAUUUAUAGGGUAGGAGCUAUAUGUAAGACAGUAUUUAAUAUUUGAUUUUGAAUUGUUCAUUCUGCUAAAGUACUUAUAAGAUUUGAUAAAGUUCUAAAUAGCAUUUAAUUUAAAUGUACUUAACUGUUAGGAAUUGAUUUAGUAUGUAAAUUAAGUUUUAUUUUUAUUUUGAAUAACUCUUCUGUGCUUAAAAUUUCUGUAUAAUCAUAACUUGCAAACUGUGGUAUUGUUGCAUAAUCUAGAAAGUUCUCUCAUUCUUUUAGUGCACAUGAUAAUUUGUUAAUCACAUUAGUAUUAUUGCAACAAUUGAAGUAUAUCCAGAUACAACUUUUUUUUUAUCGUUUAUCAUGACUUUUUAAGAUGUUUCUUGACUAAGUUAUUUUUGGCUGUGUUGAACAAAGUGUGCUGUAGAGUUUAUUUACUUCAAUUUUUUGUUGGUUUUGAUUUAUUGAUUUCAGUAGUUUUUUACUUGCUGCAGAAGAAAAACCAAAUUUAUAGUAAAAUGAACUUUCAACUCGGAAGUUUAGAAUCAUAAAAUAUCACAUUAUUUAUUUAAAUAUUCAGAUUCACUCUGAUGUCCCCAUUAAAGCCUUGAUGAUAUUGGGUUUUUCCCUCCACACAAAUAAUCCUAGGUUAGUGCAAUUUGAAGUAUUAGUGCUUGUAUUUGUUUAAAACAUAUAAUCAGAUUUUGUAUUUAACUGGUAAGUGCUUUGUCAUAAACUUUGUGAUAUUUUUGUGCCAUGAAUGAUGUAAUAGUUCAGUGAUAAUUCUUCAAAAUAGUCCUAUACAAGAUCUUUUCUUUCAAACAUGUUAUUUAGCAUUGUAUUAAAGGGGAUACCUUCCAGUGAAACAAAAGAUUUAUUUUAUGAAGGAAGAAUCAUUUUAGGUUUUAACAGCAUAUUUUUCUUUUUUGUUCCAAAAGGAGGCAGCAAGAAUUAAAACUGGCAAAAUGACCCAUUACCUAAGUGCUCUCUUAUAUAUGUUAUGGUCAUAAUUCAAGAAUGGCUUGUUCUUUUUCUCAUAAAUAAUAAAAUAAGUAACUUAAAAAUAAAACUAAAUAAAGUUAACAGGCAUUCUGAUUUGAUCGUUUUAGUUUUCAAGACCAGAAAAGUAAAAUUUUGUUUUAAAGCAGAAUAAGUGUGCAAAGUGGAUAUUUUUAAGUAAAAAGUGCAUGUUAAUACCUUGUAUUGUAUAUUUUAGUAAAAAACUGUAUGUAUGGUUCCCUAUGUUGUAUGUGAGAUAAGUAUUGAUAACAUUGACCAGGGUUCUAGUCAGCUUAAGAAUGUGAAUUUUGAUCUCAUUAUUACCAUUUUAGAUCUAAAAAAAAUGUAGAAUUUCUGUUAAAAAGAUUUCUAUUAAAAAAAUCCUUUCCUAGUAUGGAUACAUGAUUUGAAUAUUGUCUGGAUUGACUAAGAUGUUUUGUUGUUGGCUCUCAUUUUGUUGUUUUAGUUCAAAAAAAAAAAUAAUUGUAUAUUUGUAAUUAGAAUCAAGAUUUUUAUUUAAUUUUAUAUAUCAAAUUAUUAAUUCUUGAACUGGAUUAUUUCACAUAAACAUUGCAUUCGAAAAAAAAAGUUUAGAAUAUAUGUUUAACAAUACUUCAUAUGCAAAUGGGUAUAUUCAUGAUAGGAAUGUGCAGGAGAAUGCUUGAUUCAAAUUUGCAUAGGUAUUUUUGUCCAUAAUGAAAUUUUUAAUAGACCAUUAAAAGUGAACAGGAGAGAACUUUUUAUAUAUGUAAUCUAAUUUUAGUUUUAUUCAGAGUAGUCCAUAAAAACAGCCAUCAUGCCCUAGACCUGUCAUUUCGUCCAGAACAUGACGGUGAAUUUUUAUGUAAAUAUAACACGAGUGUUGAUUUUCCAUGAUUAAAAUCAGUGAUCUCAUAUUUUUAUGGUGACAUUUUAGAUAUUGUUUCAAACAUGUUUAAUGUACAUAUAUUUUAGUGCUUUCUUUUUAAUGGAUGAAUAAUAUGAUUACACAAUGUAUUUGUUUGUUGAGGCCUUAAGUUAUAGUACAAUUAUGUAAGGAUUUUUCUUGAGAGAGUUGUCAGGUUAUAUAAAAUUAGUGUAAACAAUAUUUUAUUGUGCAAAUAAGAACAUGAACAAUACAAUAUGACAGUUCUAUUUGGAUUGGAAAACAUGUGCAUUUUUACUUAUACAAAUUUCUCUCUCUGUUGUCAUGUUGUCCCCAAUAUUAAUGCAGUCAUGAUUAGUACAAAAAAGGAAGAAGAGCUAUACAUGUUGUAGGUAUUUGAUUUAAAUGACAAAUGUACUAAAUUUCAACAUUUAUUCUUAUUAGUCAUGUCCAUAUUUACUUGUUACUUCUCUUAAACCCAUUCUCAAGGGAACAGCUAAUGAUUGACUGUUCAUGUCUUUUGUUAUGAAAGCUAUGAUGGGUUAAAUAAUUUAAAUAAUGCCUCUCCUCCUCCCACUUCUAUCAGGGUCAUUCAAUUGCAGAUAACUAUAAAUGUUGGAGACAUAGUCCCUUAUCAGAUAUCAUUUUGUAUUUAUACAUCUUAUACAGCCAAACAGACAUCAUUUUAUUAUACACUGGAAGUUAGUGGACUACAUAUUGAUAUCAAUCAAUUGCUAAAGUAUAAACAAAUUUUGUAAAUGAAUAUUGAAAAUUAGUCUUGGAUGGUUCAAUAUUGAAUUUUGGUGAUAAAGCAUUGUUAAAUAAUUUCUAUUGAAACAUCCAUAUGUAACAGCAAGCUGACUUAGUGUAAUCCAUAUUAAUGUAUAAAGAUAUUAAUUGAAAGGGUCAUCAAAUGGUUUACAUUUUUUCAAAGCCUUAUAUUAUUUUUGUUACCCAAGUUAUUUAACAUAGUGAGAAUUGUAUAUGUUCAGUAAGAUAUGUUUUUUUUAAUGGAUAAUUAUAAAAAGAUAGUGUUGUCCCCCCUGUCAUAGAAGAUUGUGAUUGCAUUCUCAUAAGUAUGAAAGGGUUUCCUGAUCUUGAUCUGAAAAGCAUGAUUUAUUGUUUACGAGCUCUUUUAGUUGUGGUUAUUUUUUUGUCAUCACCAAUGGUUAUUGUCAGGUUUUAUAAUACAUUUGUCUAUUAGAGAUCUCCUGACUUUGACUGAUUUUCAUGGAUCAGUGAGUCAAAUAUUUUUUUGUGACUUGAUCAUUUCAAAAUAAAUGUUUAAAUUAGAUUUACUAUCUUGUACCCCUAUGAGUCCCUUUAAAAGUAUGUGUGUAAUUUGGCCUUUACAUUAAAGACCUUCAUGGAUAUUAAUUAAUAAUAUGUUACUUAGGUAUUAAGAUAUUUCUUGUGACCACUUUUCUUUUAAUAUGUCAUUAAUCUAGAUUCUAUUUUUCAAUCACCUUGGCAAGAAAAAAACAUUCAUAAAGUACAUGCACAAUGUUAAAUUUGCUAUAUUAAAUUAUUUUAAUCUUAAUAAUCACAAUGAAAGAUAUUUUACAGCUUUGGGGCAGUUCAAAAGUUUUAUUGAUUUAAUAUUUUGGUUUUAUAUUUAUAUUUUUGAAUUUUUAUAGUUCUUUUAAUGUCUAUGUUGAAUGUAUUCAAAAAGUUAUAUAAUGAUAAAAAAAAAUGUCACAUAUUUAGAUACUUUUGAACUAUAUUUGAAAAUUAAUGCUAAUUUAGAAAAAAAAAACUUGAAUUGUUUUAUUAAAAAAAAAUUGAUUCACUGAAUAUUUAUACAUGCAUGAAACCUAUAUUUUUUGUGUUUGCAUCUAUACAUUUCUUCUUAUAUUCUAGUCCUAUGAGCUAACUUACAAAUACUGGUAAUUAAGGUGCUAAUUGAGUGUAUUCACAUACAUAUUACAGUCCAAUUUUGGUAGCUUAAUGUCAAGGGAACCUUGUUUGAAACUUUUUAUUGUUGAAAAUGUACCAAUGCAGUGAAGUUUUUUUGUUUUGGUUUGUAUAUUUGCUGAGCAUAUUAUUUUUUACUAAGAAAUGACUUUCUAGAGAUAAUAGGACAUAGGGGGUAUAAUUUUCUUUAAUGUUCAUAUCUUUAUAAUGUAGUGCCAUCAACUUUAUAACUUCAAUUUUACUAAAAAAAAAAGUGUUUAUAAAAUUUCAGACAAGGACUAAUUUGGUUCUAUAUUAGUUCAUAUCCACCAAAUUGUUGUCAAAAUGUGAUUGAAUGUCAAACUGUGUUAAGAAUUGUUCUUAAAAUUUAUAUUACCAAUUUUUUAAUGUAAUGAUUUGCUUGUAGGUAACCUCUUAGCAGUUGUAAAAUAUUUGUGUCUAAUAUCUACAAAUUGCAUUUUAUAAUAUUUCAGUGUUCAGAAAAAAAAAAGGCAAAUUUUGAGUGUUCAACGAUUAUAGCAUAUAAAAAACAAGAUCAAAAAAUUAAUCUCAAACUGGUAGCAUCUAUGCAGGAUAUUUUUUAACAUACUUAUUUUCUGAAAUUGUUUUCUUUUUGAUAAGAAUGUUGUCGGAAAUAUGAUUUAUGGAAUGUAUCAAACAAAUGCAAAUAGUACUUACAGUAGACUACUUGAUAUUUAGAUGAAAAUGUAUCAUCAUUCCUGUGUCUUAGUUUAAAGCAGUAUUAGUUCAACACCUGUAUUUAAACUGUAUCCUAACCUUUUUGAUGAGAAAACAAAUUGGAUAGAAACUUUUAGAACUAAUGUUUGAUAUUAUGUUUUAAACAAAAGCAAACAGACUGUCUAUUUCAUUUUGUUUUUAACUGGAUUUUCGAAGUAAAAAUUGGUUAUUGAUUUGGCGAUGUACAGCGGGAGCGGCUGCCAAACAGUGUCCGUUCAUUUACAUGAAAACGCUUGAAGAAAUUUUUUAAAAUUUAGAUAUGUUGUUUCCUGUGUCUAAAUGAAGGUCAAGUUCAAUUUUCACGAUUUUAGCUUUUCUCGUUAGUUACUUAUAGUCCUCUUUUCCAAGAAUCCAAUUUUGAUGAAUUAAUCCUUUUCUGUACGAAGGGAAAUAACUCAUUUUUAAAAAGAUUUUUUAAAAGACACCUGUAUUAAUGAUAAAUGACAUUUUGGAUUUUUUUUUCUUUUCUUUGGUAAAUUGUUUGAACAAUUUUGUGGUAGGUUUGUUUGUUAUUCUAUAUAAACUAAUUGUCUGAGUGUGUGUUAAUUUUAAUUUUUACUUGAUCCUGUUCCAGAUUUGCAAAUUCAUUAGAUAAUAAUCUAUUUGUGUUAAAGGAUAUAUUUCAUUACAUUACAUUGUGUAGAUAAAGUUGUAGAAUUUCAUAGAUAAGUUGCAGAUCUUUAUUAGUUUGUUAAAAAUGAAAGAAAAAUAUUGGGAACUAUUAACUAUAUAUAUAAAGUUUGAUUACACUAAGUGUUUUUAAAUGAUUUUCAACUUUUAUCAAGAUAACACACGAUCUGUUAAGUGUCAAUCACCCAAUUAUAAUUGUAGUGACAGAUUAAUUUGAAAACUAUUAAUUAUAUUAGAUUGUAAUUUGAAAAUAAAUAUAACAUCAUAUCUAAUUACAUCAUAUCUAAUUUUAGAUUUGCAUUAUUUGUUCAUGGAAAUAAAGUUAUUUCCCUUUGAACAAAAUUGGUUUAACUAAGAAGUAUUUCAUCAAAAAUUGAAUUCUUGGGGUUCUUUGAUAUGCUGAUUCUAGCAAUGUACAUAGAUUUUGGAUAUUGGACCAUAACAGGUAAAUAUCGAAUUUCAAUUUUGUGUCACGAACCUAUGCGGUAUCAAAUAUUCAAUCACAAUCCAAAUUCAGAGCUGUUUUAAGUUUAAAUGUUGUGUCCAUACUUGCUCAACUGUUCAGUGUUCGACCUCUGCAGGAAAAUUCGGGUUGCUGUCUCUCUGACAGCCUCUUGUUGAUAAUAAAGUAAAUACAUUACCCUAGGAUCACAGGUUUUAGUCAGUGUAAAAAGCAAACACUGUAAUCCUCAGACCUUGAUUAACCAUUUAUUAUAUCAAUCCAAAUUUGUUUUUUCGUGUUUCUUAUAUGUAAGAUAACAGCAAAAAUUAGAGUAUUUGUAAUGCUCAUGUGAGACUUUAAAGACUUGUGAACUGUAUUUUAGACAAUAUGUCACUUUUUGGUGCAGUAAAAUUUGGAAUUAAUUAUUUUGAUACCAUUUCUUUUUAUAUUUCACUUAAAUAUUAAAUAGUCUUUACAAAAAGAAAGUUAAAAUGGUGUCUUGUGUGCAUGCUAGAAAAAACCUAGCUGAAAUCAGGAUAUGGUUGCAGAUACUUAUUUUUAUUUCAAGAAUAGAAAUAGAUUAAAUAUACAUAUUAAUUUUGUAAGCUUUUUUUGAAAACAUAAUAUGACUGCUUGCAAUAACAUGUCUGUACAUAAUCAUUUAUAAAACAGGUUUUGUAUAUGCAUAUGAAAAAAUGUAUCAGCAAUCUUGGUUGUAUGAUUUUAAUGAUUUUUUAAAAGGCAAGUUGUUUGACUAUUGUGUUACUGGGAUAUAAUUAUGUGUCCUUUAAAAUACAGAAAUGUGAUAUUACUGGCAGUUAAAAUUAUACAAGGACUAAGCAUGGUUUGAGAAGUAUGUUUAAACAAGGAAAAUAUAUCACCUAAUAGAAAUUUGAAGGGAAAAAGUAUUGCAUAGAUUUGUGGGUAAGGCUUGAAAAAUUAUACCAAACAAAAAUGGAGAAGUGAAAAGUGUGGUGUGGUAGAAUUAGGAUUGAAUGAAUAUUGUUUGCCUAACUAUUUUAGAAAUA